AUGGGAAAGUUGUUCUGCGAUUCAACGACAGCCGUUGCCGAAACAACAUUUCAAACACCAACAUCACCGGCUGUUCAUUGGAGGGACGAUCCAAAGGCCAACGUAGAUCUUGCAGAACAGGCUCUAACCAUCGCCGCACAACCUACGUGGGAAGACGUGAUUGGCUUGGAAGACCAGCAAAGACGCCACUUACAAAGGCUCCAAUCCAAAGGUGUGCUCUGGAAGCACCCCAAGAACGACGAUUCGUAUCCGGCUGUGGUGUUCAGUCUGUCGCACGGGGGAGACGUUUCGGCGGACGGGAACUGCCUGUUCACCGCGUCGCAGAGGGCGAUGGUGGCGCGUGAUAUGGACGCGCGGGAGUUGAGGAGGAGGACGGUGAGGAGGUUUGUGGAGGACUUUGGAUCUGUCGGUGGGGAAGAAAGGGAAGUGAUAAAUGAUGCUAUAAAGCAUAUGUAUUCGCCGGAUCUGAAGAACGGGUGGGGUAUACACGUCGUUCAAGAGGUUAAGCUCCUAGCCAGGAAAGAAGAUCGUGUUGCUUUAGAUUCUGCUAUCUAUGAGCUUGUUCUCUUAGGGAUUCAAAGAGAAAUGGCGGCAGAGUCAAUAUACAAAGAGAGGUGUAUAGCUGUGAAUGAUGGCCUGAGUUGGGCAAAAUACAUGUCGAUCUCUGGUUCCCAUGAUGAUGAAUAUGAUAUCAUCACUUUACAAUAUACUGAGGAAGGUUUAUUAUCUGUAGAUGAGAAUAGAGAAGGUCAUGCUGCAGCUUUUGGUGAUGAUAUUGCAAUAGAGUGUCUUGCAACAGAGUUCAAGCGUGAAAUAUAUGUGGUGCAAGCACAUGGAUCUGAUGCAAUGGUUGACGAAGAAAAUUGUGUCUUCUUUCUCCCACAUCGAACAGGCUGGUGUGGUGCUGGCGCUGAUCACUAUGAGCCUUUGAUUGCUCAUCCAACUUCACUUGUUUCCCAGGAGAAGGUUGCUGUAGUACUUUGA